GCCACUGUGUGAGCUUUUUGGGUUUACGCUGCUGUCAUGUUGAUUACCUAGAAAUUGGUGCUGUAAAGAGCUUUUUUUGUUACGCUUUGCGUUUUGAAGUCAAGGAUGAAAGAAAAUAUAUGCAUCAAAACGAUUCACUGAAGGGUCUCGAGCACUUAGUUCCUACUUGACAAUCUGUUUACUCCAAACUCAGCAGCAUUUUACAGUCUGUUGGUUUUGCCUUAUGCAUAUACAUAUCUACAGGAAGUAAGCAAGCAAGCAAGCAAGCAUGCUGAAGGCUGUCAUUCUUAUCGGAGGCCCCCAAAAAGGGACCCGCUUCCGGCCACUGUCUUUUGAGGUGCCCAAACCUCUGUUUCCAGUGGCUGGAGUGCCAAUGCUGCAGCAUCACAUUGAGGCCUGCUCUAAGCUUCCAAAUAUGAAGGAGAUCUUACUUAUUGGCUUUUAUCAGCCCAAUGAAGAACUAAACAGAUUUUUGUCAUGUGCUCAACAAGAUUUUAAAAUAUUAAUAAGAUAUCUUCAGGAAUACGCUGCUCUGGGAACUGGAGGAGGAAUCUACCAUUUCAGAGAUCAGAUCUUGUCUGGUAGUCCAGAGGCGUUUUUUGUCAUGAAUGCUGAUGUGUGCUCAGAGUUUCCUCUACCAGAGAUGCUGGACUUCCAGAAGGAGCAUGGAGACACCUACAGCUUUGUCAUCCUCGGCACCACUGCCAACAGAAAACAGUCCCUGAAUUAUGGCUGUAUUGUUGAGAAUGAACAAACUGAUGAGGUCUUGCAUUACGUAGAGAAGCCUGGCACGUUUGUGAGCGACAUCAUCAACUGUGGAAUAUACCUGUUUACUCCGGAGAUUUUCCAGCACAUCGGAUCAGUUUUCCAGAAGAACCAGCAGGAAAUGUUGUUAGAGGAGCAGUCCAAUGGCUGGCAUCGGGCAGAAGUGAUCCGUCUGGAGCAGGACAUCUUCACUGCUCUGGCAGGCCAGGGCAAGCUUUAUGUGUACAAAACAGACCGAUUCUGGAGCCAGAUCAAAUCUGCUGGAUCUGCUAUUUAUGCAAGCCGUUUGUAUCUGAAUCAAUAUCACAAGACGCAUCCAGAUAGGUUAGCUACUAAUACAGAGGGAGGACCAAAGACCAGAGGAAAUGUUUACAUACAUCCUACUGCCAGCAUUGAUCCAACUGCUGUGUUAGGUCCAAAUGUGUCAAUAGGAACAGGUGUAACGAUCGGCGCAGGAGUUCGGGUGAGGGAGUCCAUCAUCCUUCAUGGUGCUACUUUACAAGAUCACAGCUGCGUGCUGAACAGCAUUGUUGGUUGGGAAAGCACCAUUGGCAAAUGGGCCAGAGUGGAAGGAACUCCCAGUGACCCCAAUCCUAAUGACCCAUACGCCAAAAUUGACAGCGAGACGCUCUUCAGAGAUGGAAAACUAACUCCCUCCAUUACAAUUCUAGGCUGUAAUGUAAACAUCCCAUCUGAGGUCAUCAUUCUCAACUCUAUCGUCCUGCCGCACAAAGACCUCAACAGAAGCUUUAAGAACCAGAUCAUACUGUAGUUCCACUUUCGAGGGUUGACUGGAUCAUUUUCCUCAGCAAGAAAACCUUCCCAGAAAUCUGAAGGGAAGGACAGUAAGCGAGCUACAACCUGUUUAAAGAAGACAGUCAAGUCAGUCAUUUGUUUUAUAGUGCUUUACCUGGGUUAUUACAGUUAACGGAAACUAAAGUUAUUUUUAUUAAUAUGCAUGUUAACUGAAGAGAAAGUGCCUU